AUGCAGAUCAUUCGUUCCGGAGUACCUGUUGCUGCCAUGGAAAUCAUGGACGAUGUUCAGAUGUCUGUCAUCAACAGGGCAGGAGGCACAAACAGAACUUGGAAAGAGGUCCCGACGAUAUUUUUCAAGUUCUCAGGCACAAAAGCUGGAGUGCAAGAUAACAUCACAUCCACUACUCGUAUUGCAAGAGCAAAUCAAGGUGGCGAUUUCAUCUAUGCUCGUAAUGACCAAGAGGCCCAUGAUCUGUGGAAGGCAAGGAAAGAUUCACUGUGGAGCAUGUUAUCUCUACGACGAGAAGGAGAUGAAGUAUGGUCUACCGAUGUUGCGGUACCUAUCUCACGAUUGCCGGAUAUUGUUGAAAUCUCAAAGCAAGAAAUUGACGAUCUUGGCCUCUUUGCCAGUGUUUUGGGCCACAUAGGAGAUGGCAACUUUCACACGUCCAUCCUUUACAAUCGUCAAGACCCAAAUGAGCGCGAGAAGGUCGAGCAUGCGGUACACAAUAUGGUGAAUCGAGCAUUGGAAAUGGAAGGUACCUGUACAGGAGAACAUGGAAUCGGGCUUGGGAAAAAAGAAAGCUUGAUUCAUGAGCUCGGUUUGGACACGAUUGGGGUGAUGCAAACAAUCAAACGAGCCCUUGAUCCAGAUUGGUUGAUGAAUCCUGGCAAGAUCUUCGACGCGGUGAACGAAGGGCGAACCAAGAACGAGGCUGUUGCGACAGUUGCCUCAACACUCGAAAUACCUCGAGGCAAAUAA